UAUGAGUUAAAAUCUAUAGGACUAUGCUUAAUAAUUAGUGAAUAUCUCGAUAUCAGAUGAGGAAGAUAUAAUCAAUUAUUCACCUAUAAGAUAAUCAAAUUUUCAGUAAGUUGUUACCUAAGGUUAACCUUCUGCAAAAAAAUCAAUAGCAACUUCUGUCAAAGGAUAACCAAAAUCUACUACUUCAAAAACAACUAAAAGUAUGAUAUAUUAAUAUGAUUUAAGAAUCAAGUGGAAUUAAGUCAACUAAGGAUAAAAAUAAAGAAAUGAAAGAGUAAUUUGAGGAAUAAGCUAAAUAACUAAAAUGGUAUCAAGAAGAGUACUAAAGAUUAAAGGAUCAAAAGAAAUAUUUAAAAGAAGAGAAGACUCAAUAUGUAUUUAUAUUAUUUAUACAAAAUAGCUUCUAACGAUUAAUACAUAUAAAACAAAGUUAGAGUAAAGUAUAGGAAAUGAAAAGAGACUUCACUAAUAAUUGAAUGAAUAAAUGGAUCUUACUAAAUAAGCAUUAAAAUAAGCAAAUGAUGCUUAAUCUAGUUUAGAGUAGAGCAAAUAAAACUUUUUAUAAUAAUAAUAAAUGGAAGACAUAGUAAAAUAAAGAUAAAAAGAAGAAUUAGAAUACAAAUACUAAAAGAAACUUGAUUAAUCAGUUAAAUAAGCUAUUGCUGAUGCAGAAAAUAAAUAUGAAUUGAGAAUUCAAUAAAUGAAUAAAGAGCUUGAUGUUUUGAGAUAAGAAAAUGUUGAACUACAUAAAAGAUUGAUGCAGAAUGAAACAAAUAAAAAACAUUUUUAUGUUUAAAGUGAAAUAGAUUAGUUGAAAACUAAAUAUUUAACAACUAAAGGAUGA